AUGGAGGGCCCGGAGGCAAACCCUUCGUGUUCAGAGGUCUUGACACCCUCAAGCGCACUGCCUAGAGCUGAAGCGACACGCACGGCGCUCGGGUGGUUCUGGUUCCGGGUGCGGACGUGUUUUGGACAAGGUGACGCUGCGACUCAAAAAUUAGAGCAACGAUCUUUCGUUCAGCGACUGUUACCUCUGUGCACACUAGUGCUCACUUUGUGCUUAGCGUUCACGCUUUGGAGGGCUUUGGUCCUGUGGACCUACUCCGAGUCCCCAGUCGUUGUGGUGCUCAGUGGCAGCAUGGAGCCAGGUAUUCACCGCGGGGAUAUCCUAUUUCUUUACAACCGCACCGCAGCUGAAAGGCCUUUACGUGUCGGUGAUAUGGUUGUUUACAGUUUGCGUGACCGCAGUCUGCCGAUAAUCCAUCGCAUUAUUGAAGUUCAUAGACGAGCUUCCGAGAGCAUAGGCGAUGGCACAAGGGCAUCAAACUCUAGUAUCCUGGAAUAUUUCCUUACAAAAGGGGAUAACAACUUCGGUGACGAUCGAGGUCUCUACCCUGCUGACAAGAAAUGGCUGCUACGCAGUGACGUCAUUGGACGGGUUAUCUUUACUAUCCCGAAAGUUGGCAUGCUGACGAUCCUGAUGAAUACACACAAAUGGUUAAAAUACGCCCUGAUAGGACUGCUGUCACUCACCCUGCUCUUCAUAUCAGAGUGA